UCAUCAUUGAAUCAAUUCGUUUUAGGGAGCAUAUUUACUUUUAAUGGUUUUACAAAAUUAGAUUAACCAAAUAAAGGGAUUUAACUCUUACAUAUAGAUCAAGAAGCAAGGAAUAACUGAAAUUGAAAGUCACUCGCGGAUUUUUAAAAAUUUAGACAUGAUUGUUCCCAAAGAAAUAAAGGUUAAAAAUUUUAUGCAAGGAACUAAAGCUGUAAAAUAUCGCACAUAUAUAUACUUUGGACUUAUUGCAUAUUCAGUGGUUGUUGGUGUACCUAUAUACUAUUUGAUGAAGCCAAGUAUGGAACGUCGCCGGGAGUCAAUAAAACGGAAACAGGAAGAAGAAGAAUCAAACCUGCAAAAAAUGUUUGAACUUAGGGCCCAGUUAAUGGAGUCUACAAAAAACUCAGAUUGAUCUCAGCACAAAUUUCCCUACAAACUGUCAGCAAUAAUAAACUUUCUUAAAUUAACUUACACAUGUUGUGGUUUGGGUGUGGUUUGGUGUGGCUGUACAAUUUUUAAAUGAGAAGUGUGCAUAGAAAAUAUAUAAUAAGUUAUACCAAAGUAGAGUAGAAAUAUUUUUACAAAACAGAUGAAUAGCAAGCAAAACUUGCAUAUAAAGUAAGAAUAUAAAUUCAGUUACAUUCAAUCAGAGCUAAUAUGGGUACAAUAUUGAAUUGAAUUAAACAAUUGGCUUCAAAUAUAAAUAAGGAAUCAGUGAGAGAGUAAUCAUUAAGGGAUGGAGGACAAUGAUAAAGAUGGUGAUGAUGUUGUGUUUGUAAGGGUGGAAUGUGGCGCUUCACCUCCUUUAAAAAAUGACAAACUUUCUCUUCGAAUCUUUGAUGCUGAAGCAAAGACCAGAGCCAGAAAACUUGUAGAAAAAGCAAGUGCCUUAUCACUAAUGAAUAAAAGCCUAAAUGACUCGCAAGAUUUCAAGGAGGUUCCCAAGUUAAAAAGUUCACGCCUGAAAUUAAAAUCUGCUGCAUCUUCACGUGAUAAGACAAGUGCCAUCAAAGUGAAACCAUUAGAUAGCUAUGUUACUAACACAUCAUCUGUGCAUAGACUGCCGACCAGGACAGAGUUCAAAGGCAGUAACAUGGAAACAGAAAAUGAACACCCUGACCAUCAUAAAAACAAAGCUCCCACAGAAUCUCCAUCAAAACUCAAUGAAAUCAGAUUUGAUGCUAAUGAAAACACUAUUGAUGCUGAAGGAGCACUGAUGAAAACUUGCAUUCUUUGUGGACAAAGAGUAGAAAAAUCCACUUUUGCAGAACAUCGUCAAAGAUGUAUGAAGGGACAUUUUUCAAAAACUACAGAAACUGGUGUCACAUCUACCAUCUCUGAGCGUAUCAAAUGUCCCAUCUGCCAGAAAGACUUAUCACAUAUGAACUAUCAGCGACAAACACAGCACACAAACCAUUGUCUUAAUCAGGUGGAGUCCGAUGAAGAAAUUAACAAGAAAUUUGAACAGCAGUUGUUACUUGCUAGAAAUGCAGUUCUUCCUUGUCCGCUGUGUAGAAAGAAAUUUAAAACAAAGACAGGCCGUCAAGCACAUCUGAAAAAAUGUGCUACCCUCACCAACAUGACAGUGGAGCAAGUGAAAACUAUUCUUAGACAACAAGAAGAGGAGCAUAACUCCAAGCUUGAUGCUGGCAUCUUGCCUGAAGAGCUUCACUCCAAACUGAAAAAGAAGAGUGACAACCAGUCUAAGCCUAGGAAACCAAAAAACCAAGAGGAUGAAGAAACCCAGCUGGCGCUGGCCCUGUCCAAGUCUCUAGCAGAAGACGAGGCCCAACUAGAGCUGGAUGUUUUAGGAUCUUUAGCUAUGGUAGCACCAACAGCUGCAGUUCAGCAUCAAGUUCAAGGUCACAACACCAAAGGAAAAGGAAAGAAGAAUAAAAAGGAGGAAACAGGAAGCCUGUUGCUGAGUUUGUCAAAAGAAGAAGCUAUGGAAAGAAUUUCUCACAGAGUUUAUAAAUACAUCUUUUCAACUGUCCAAUCAACAUUAACAGUUAAUACACCACCAUUCAGCCGAGUGGGCAAGCCAGUCGAUGGGUCAGUGGCUGAAAAUAUUUUCUGGCAUAAAGCAGCUUUAGAUGCAGGUGCCCCAGCCCAGAGUGGCAGAGAGGAGUUCUACGUGAGGGAGCUGAUGCCUCAGGUCAGCGUCAGCACGGUGGAGGCUGGCAGCAAGCUCAAGAGGCUGUCAGUCAUCCCGGGCAGGAGGAGGUCUGGUGACCAGAGCCCCGAGGAAGGUCAGAGAAUUGAGGCCACUGGUGAGACUCAGGCCUCCCAGACUGUGGAGAUCCUGGCUGAACUUGCCAUGGAAAGUGACCUUCACUACCAGGGCUCUCAAGCUGAUGCCAGUCAAGUUGCAGACGCCGGUCACUUGAAUGACCUGGAUGCACCAGAUGUGGAUAUGGGUCAGUUAAAUGACCAGGAUGCACCAGAUGUGGAUAUGGGUCAGUUAAAUGACCAGGAUGCAUCACAUGUGGAUAUGGGUCAGUUAAAUGACCUGGAUGCACCACAUGUGAAUAUGGGUCAGUUAAAUGACCUGGAUGCACCACAUGUGAAUAUGGGUCAGUUAAAUGACCUGGAUGCACAAAAUGUGGGUCAGUUAAAUGACCUGGAUGCACAAGAUGUUAAAGCUGAAUUACCUGACCAGACUACCCAAGCAGGCACAGGUCAGUUGAGUACCCCAGCCCACCACACUGGUGUUGAUGUCCUGUUGCCUACAGCCCCAGGUGUAGCCCCAGCCCACCACACUGGUGUUGGUGUCCUGUUGCCUACAGCCCCAGGUGUAACCCAGCCUGAGGCCAACACAAGUUCUGGUCUCUACACCCACAGCCCUAACAAGCAGAAAGAUCCAGCAGUUGCCAGAAGUCUGGAAGAUUGUCUGGCUGCCAUGGUCAGCUGUCCUCUCUACAGUGACCUGUCCAUCACUGGUCCUGACGGGGGCAAGAUCCCAGCACACAAGGUCAUUGUACACGCCAGGUGUCCACAGCUGCUCUCUCUGGCAGUUGGUGACAUCAUCGACCUGUCCAGCUACAACCACCACAGCAUCAUCUGUGUGCUGACCUACAUCUACAGCUCCCAGAUAGUCCUGCCACAUCCCUAUCUUUCAGAUGUGGUCAAGCUGGCCAACAAGUUUAAUAUGAAGGAGCUGGCGGUAGCAGCUAUGGGUUCUAUAAUAGCAACAGAUUUACCCCAGCCAAAUAGAGGUCAAAGGUCAGAGGUGAAGCAAGAGAUGACCCUUGGUGAACUCUUGCCUCCAACCAGCCACCAAACCUCAACAGUUGAUGCUAGCACCAGUGCUAAAGACAACCAGAAUGGUGCUAGCACCAGUGCUAAAGACUAUCAGAAAGGUGCUAGCACCAGUGCUAAAGACUAUCAGAAAGGUGCUAGCACCAGUGCUAAAGACUAUCAGAAAGGUGCUAGCACCAGUGCUAAAGACUAUCAGAAAGGUGCUAGCACCAGUGCUAAAGACUAUCAGAAAGGUGCUAGCACCAGUGCUAAAGACUAUCAGAAAGAUGCUAGCACCAGUGCUAAAGACUAUCAGAACGAUGCUAGCAUCAGUGCUAAAGACAACACGAAAGGUGCUAGCGCCAGUGCUAAAGACAACACGAAAGGUGCUAGCGCCAGUGCUAUAAACAACCAGAUAGGUGCUAGCACCUCUAGUAAAGACAGUCCAACAGCUCUAGAGCUGACCAAGAAAAAGCUAUCCAACACUGUGAAUCAUGGGACAGACCCAGCAGCUGAUGUAGAAGACAGCACAGCUGCCCAUGUGGAAGACAGCACAGCUGCCCUUAUGGAAGACAGCACAGAUGGCCAUAUGGAAGACAGCACAGCUGCCCAUAUGGAAGACAGCACAGCUGCCCUUAUGGAAGACAGCACAGCUGCCCAUGUGGAAGACAACACAACUACCCUUAUGAAAGACAGCACAGCUGCCCUUAUGGAAGACAUCAUUGCUGCCCAUAUAGAAGACGACACAGCUACAGCACAGCUGCCCUUAUAG